AUGUUAUUGUUUGACAUGCCUUGCGGUGUAUGUGAUGGCCUGUUGCCAGCAGAGCUGUGGUGCAUGAUUUUUGCGGUCUUGCAAUUUUUCCAUGUGCUUUUUUUUGUUUUUUUGAUACUUUUCUUUUUUCUUUUUUUGCUGCUUGCCUUUCUCCUUCCCUUGUCUGUCCGUGCUUUUGUACAUGCCUCUUCAUCCCACCACUCCUGCUGUUUUUAUUUUUAUUUUCAUUUCUUGCCUGCGGCUGCACGCGGGGAGGGCGUAGAAGUGGAGGGUGUGGGUCUGGGGAAGGAGACAAGAAUGGUGAAACUUGACGUGUCGCUGCUACGAUUUCUGGAGGAGGAGGACUUCCGCGUUCUCACGGCUCUUGAGAUGACGAUGCGAAAUCACGAUGUCGCGCCUACUGCCCUCAUUGAACGUAUCGCGCAACUCCCACACGGUGGAUGUCGCAAACGCCUGCGAUGCCUCCUGAAGCACAAGAUGAUUUACCACGAGAACACCAUGUACGAUGGGUAUGCAAUGAAGUACGGUGCAUACGACUACUUGGCACUGCGCACACUUAGCAAACGUGGUACCGUCGCCGCCGUAGGACACCGCAUUGGAUGCGGGAAGGAGUCCGACAUAAUUCUUGUAAAGGACGAGGCCGGUCACGAGUGCGUGCUGAAGUUGCAGCGGCUCGGGCGAUGCAGCUUCCGCAGUGUCACCCGCAACCGGGAUUACAAGGGCGGGGGCCGCACGCGACAUGGUGAAAGUUGGUUUUACCUCUCGCGCCUUGCCGCGGAGAAGGAGUUCUCCUUCAUGAAGAUACUUUACGAUGAGGGGUUUCCCGUUCCGAAGCCCAUUGACCAGAACCGUCAUGCGCUUCUGAUGGAGCUGGUGGACGGCACGCUGUUGAACAACAUCACUGCAUUGGGUGACCCGGAAAAGGUGUACAGGCGUUCUUUGGACCUCAUGAUCAAACUGGGCGAGCACGGCCUCGUGCACGGUGACUUCAACGAGUUUAAUCUCAUGAUUACAGAAGACAUGCGCGUCAUUGUGAUUGACUUCCCGCAGAUGAUUUCCACGAACCAUCCCAACGCGGCGGAAUUAUUUAGUCGGGACGUGGAGAAUCUUGCGAACUUCUUUCAUCGGCGAUUCAAAGUGACGACGCUCUUUUAUCCGACGCUUGAAAAGAACGUGGAGCGCAAGGCGGAAUUGGAUCGCGUCGUCUUUGCAAGCGGGUGCUUCAGCAGCAGACAACAGCAGGAUCUUGAGCGUCUUCUACAAACGCAGCUAACGGCCCAAGAUGAGGUUGACAGUGAAGAGGAAGACGGCCAAGAGGAGGAGGAGGAGGCAACGACUCCCUCGGGAAACGCGUCGGUGGAUGUUGUCUCUGCCGGUGGUGCAAACGCCUGCGGGGUCCAUGCGGCUGAUGGCAGUGAAGGGGAGGGGCAGGCGCGGCGGCACCCUCCGGGCGAAGUAGGGGAUGAUGACAAUGGCGAGACGAGUAGUGUGGCGCGGUCCCUUGACGAGGUGGUUGACGAGGCGGCUAUUGAACGACGUGGGCAGCGGCAGCAGAAUGUCAACUUCAACCCGGACGGCACCGUCAACGAGGAGUACGUGCGGUCGCAGGUGCGGCGCAACAUUCGUCGCAAAGACAACCACCAGUUUAAUGUGGGCCUUCAUCGCAACGUGCAGAAGGGGCGACAGAAGCAGAAGAUACGGCGUCAGAUCAAACAGGGGAUGAGCAACGGCUUGUUUGACUGA